AUGGCUUUCCAUGACCGUGCAGCCGCACACAAGCCUAAGAUCACCAUGUGCAAUGCCGAACCAAAACUGUAUAGAGCAGCUAUCUUACAGUACUCUAUCUUACAGUACUCUAUCUUACAGUACUCUAUAUUACAGUACUCUAUCUUACAGUACUCUAUCUUACAGUACUCUAUAUUACAAUACUAUAUCUUACAAUACUCUAUCUUACAGUACUCUAUAUUACAAUACUAUAUCUUACAAUACUCUAUCUUACAGUACUCUAUAUUACAGUACUCUAUAUUACAGUACUCUAUCUUACAGUACUCUAUCUUACAGUACUCUAUAUUACAAUACUCUAUCUUACAAUACUCUAUCUUACAGUACUCUAUCUUACAGUACUCUAUCUUACAGUACUCUAUUUUACAGUACUCUAUAUUACAAUACUAUAUCUUACAAUACUCUAUCUUACAGUACUCUAUCUUACAGUACUCUAUCUUACAGUACUCUAUAUUACAAUACUCUAUCUUACAAUACUCUAUCUUACAGUACUCUAUCUUACAGUACUCUAUAUUACAAUACUAUAUCUUACAAUACUCUAUCUUACAGUACUAUAUCUUACAUUACUCUAUAUUACAAUACUCUAUCUUACAAUACUCUAUCUUACAAUACUCUAUCUUACAGUACUCUAUCUUACAGUACUCUAUCUUACAGUACUCUAUAUUACAAUACUCUAUAUUACAAUACUCUAUAUUACAAUACUCUAUCUUACAGUACUCUAUCUUACAGUACUCUAUCUUACAGUGCUCUAUUUUACAGUACUCUAUAUUACAAUACUAUAUCUUACAGUACUCUAUCUUACAGUACUCUAUCUUACAGUACUCUAUAUUACAAUACUCUAUCUUACAGUACUCUAUAUUACAGUACUCUAUAUUACAAUACUCUAUCUUACAAUACUCUAUCUUACAGUACUCUAUAUUACAAUACUAUAUCUUACAGUACUCUAUAUUACAAUACUCUAUCUUACAGUACUCUAUCUUACAGUACUCUAUCUUACAGUACUCUAUAUUACAAUACUAUAUCUUACAAUACUCUAUCUUACAGUACUCUAUAUUACAAUACUAUAUCUUACAAUACUCUAUCUUACAGUACUCUAUCUUACAGUACUCUAUCUUACAGUACUCUAUAUUACAAUACUCUAUAUUACAAUACUCUAUAUUACAAUACUCUAUCUUACAGUACUCUAUCUUACAGUACUCUAUCUUACAGUACUCUAUUUUACAGUACUCUAUAUUACAAUACUAUAUCUUACAAUACUCUAUCUUACAGUACUCUAUCUUUCAGUACUCUAUCUUACAGUACUCUAUAUUACAAUACUCUAUAUUACAAUACUCUAUCUUACAGUACUCUAUCUUACAGUACUCUAUAUUACAGUACGCUAUAUUACAGUACUCUAUAUUACAAUACUCUAUCUUACAAUACUCUAUCUUACAGUACUCUAUAUUACAAUACUCUAUAUUACAAUACUCUAUAUUACAAUACUCUAUCUUGCAGUACUCUAUCUUACAGUACUCUAUCUUACAGUACUCUAUAUUACAAUACUCUAUCUUACAGUACUCUAUAUUACAGUACUCUAUAUUACAAUACUAUAUCUUACAAUACUCUAUCUUACAGUACUCUAUAUUACAAUACUCUAUCUUACAGUACUCUAUAUUACAAUACUCUAUCUUACAGUACUCUAUCUUACAGUACUCUAUAUUACAAUACUAUAUCUUACAAUAUUAUAUCUUACAAUACUCUAUCUUACAGUACUCUAUCUUACAGUACUCUAUAUUACAAUACUAUAUCUUACAAUACUCUAUCUUACAGUACUCUAUCUUACAGUACUCUAUCUUACAGUACUCUAUCUUACAGUACUCUAUAUUACAAUACUCUAUAUUACAAUACUCUAUAUUACAAUACUCUAUCUUACAGUACUCUAUCUUACAGUACUCUAUUUUACAGUACUCUAUAUUACAAUACUAUAUCUUACAGUACUCUAUCUUACAGUACUCUAUCUUACAGUACUCUAUCUUACAGUACUCUAUAUUACAAUACUCUAUAUUACAAUACUCUAUCUUACAGUACUCUAUCUUACAGUACUCUAUAUUACAGUACGCUAUAUUACAGUACUCUAUAUUACAAUACUCUAUCUUACAAUACUCUAUCUUACAAUACUCUAGCUUACAGUACUCUAUAUUACAAUACUCUAUAUUACAAUACUCUAUCUUACAAUACUCUAUCUUGCAGUACUCUAUCUUACAGUACUCUAUCUUACAAUACUAUAUAUUACAAUACUCUAUCUUACAGUACUCUAUCUUACAAUACUCUAUAUUACAAUACUCUAUCUUACAAUACUCUAUCUUGCAGUACUCUAUAUUACAAUACUCUAUAUUACAAUACUCUAUAUUACAAUACUCUAUCUUACAAUACUCUAUCUUACAAUACUCUAUCUUGCAGUACUCUAUAUUACAAUACUCUAUAUUACAAUACUCUAUCUUACAGUACUCUAUCUUACAGUACUCUAUAUUACAGUACGCUAUCUUACAGUACUCUAUAUUACAAUACUCUAUAUUACAAUACUCUAUCUUACAGUACUCUAUCUUACAGUACUCUAUAUUACAGUACGCUAUCUUACAGUACUCUAUAUUACAAUACUCUAUAUUACAAUACUCUAUCUUACAGUACUCUAUCUUACAUUCCCUGAGAGUUGUUCCAGUGAGCGGUGGUCGUACACCGCGAGCGUUGGCCCUCUAA